AUGGGUUUCCGAUCAAAGGCUGAAAAAGUGCGUGUGGAGCUGAAUGCAUGGGCUUCCAAUCACACGAAUGGUCUCAUCAAAGAUCUUCUUCCUCGUGGAUCCAUUACAGAGCAAACCGAUAUCGUUUAUGGAAACGCAUUGUACUUCAAAGGAGAAUGGGAAGUUCCAUUCAACAAGUCCCACACGAGAGACGAAGAGUUUCACCUUCUCAAUGGAACCUCAGUGUCUGUGCCAUUCAUGAGCAGCCGCAAGGAUCAAUACAUAAAGGCGUAUGAUGGUUUCAAGGUCCUCAGGAUUCCUUAUCGACAAGGCGGCAAAGAUACCAAACGCCAAGGCAUAGACGCCAAUGGCAGCUUCCCUUAUCUUCAUGGCUUUGGUGACAACAAACACAGCGGCUUCUCUUAUGGACAUGGCUUUGGUGACGAUACCAAAUGUGGCAGCUUCUCGAUGUAUUUCUAUCUUCCGGACAAGAAGGAUGGAUUGGAUGAUCUUGUGAAGACGAUGGCAUCUACUUCUGGAUUCUUGGAUAGUCACAUUCCACGUUUCAAAGAAUCUGUUAGUCAAUUCAGAAUCCCAAAGUUUAAGAUCGGCGACGGAUUACGCGGUAAAGAGUUGGGAUUUAAUUCACUGCCAUUGCACCAUAAAGCUUGCUGCUGCAACUUUUAUAGUUUUUUUUCUGGUGGGUGCUGCGUGAGCAAGCCUAGAUAUGUAGAUUUUGUGGCAGAUCAUCCAUUUUUGUUCUUGAUUAGAGAAGACAAAACUGGAACUGUUUUGUUCGUUGGUCAGAUCUAUGAUCCUUCUAUCAAAUCUUAGCUCGUUGGUCAGGUUUGGUUUCAAGUUAUACAACGUGGAAGUUUUGGGUUUAGAGAUCAGGUUCUAGUUAGUUUGAGUUUCUGGAAUUGAAUCCUAAGACCGGAUCAAUUUUCUUUUCUGCCAUGAUUUGGAGUUUUAGUUUGAGGUUUUUAAAUCCAAUCUUGAUUUUAUGAAUCAAUAAAAUUAAGAUUUAUAUGUUUGAUUUAUUCAUAAAUGCUCUAGCAUCGUCUCAUUGCAUGAUCUUACUUGAUUUUGUGUCAUUAUAUGCAAACAUAAGUAGUAACUGGAAAGUUUUGA